AUGGGAGCAGGACUACAGCUUUGGGUCGCAGUCCUCGUGAUGGCUUAUUUGGGCGCCAAUUGGUUUCGUGUCAUCUUGGGCGUCUUGCACCUCGAAGUGACGAGGAUCCGAGAAAGAAGAAGCAGGGGGCAGGCUAGCGCGAGGAGCAUACCGGCGGUGCGUGGCUCGGGGCCAAAGGAAGAAGAAGCCGUCGCGCAUCCCGGCCGUCCAUCUCUAGGCCUCCGCCUCGAAACGGCAGCGCAGGAGCAGAUGGAGCGCAGGGCGUCUCGGCGCAACGUCGAAGACGCCAACGAAGGCGAGAUCUUCCAGGAGGUGCGCCUGGAUGACAAUGGCAACAUGGAGGAGGCACCCAUCACCGGUAAGCUCCUUUCGGGCGACGACAAGUCAGUGGGCGGGGCGCUGCGCAUCCCGACGGCGGUGAUGUACUCGUUCGGCGUCGUCAUGCUGCUGUCGUCCUGCGUCAUCCUGGUGUCGCUCUUCUACAUCAUGUCGGCGGGUCGGCCCUUCUCUCCGCGGGACAAGCCGCUGCCCAAGCCGGAGCCCACGAUGACCAUCAAGCUGCGCGUGGCCGACCUGCCCGAGAGCUUCCUGGGCGCGUUGCGACAGCGGGGCGCGGGACCUGGAGCGGGCAACGGGUCGGCGGCCGCCACAGCGACAGCCACCGACCUGAGUCGCGGUCACGGAGAUGGUCGUCGGCACUCGCCGGCAGCGCCACCUCGCGUGGCCGGCAGCGCCAGCGAUCGUCGCGCCGCGCCGGACCGUUCGGGCGAGCCGAGGAUGAUGUCCCAGGUGUACGGCGACAACGCGGUCGUCGACGACGAAGGCUACGCGAACAUUGGCAGAGUUGGCCCAAUGUCCAGGGGCGACGUCAAGGAGAUCGUGGUCAUCCAGAGCCCCAUAUGCAGCCAGGUGUGGGAGAGCCAACGCGUCGACUGCCACCCGGAGUCGGCUCCGAGCCACGAGUCCUGCCGAACCCGUGGCUGCUGCUUCGAGCCCGUGAACGCGUCGGCCGAGAGCCUGGAGCCGGGUUUCCAGCUGCCGCCGGCCUGCUUUUACCCGGCCAAUUACUUGGGCUACAAGGUGGACACCAUCCAGCGGUCGCCCACGAGGACCGUCGUACGCGCGGUCCGCGUCACGCCGUCGGGGCUGCCCGACGACCUCCAUGCCGUCCAGGUCGAGGUCAUCAACUACAACGACAACACCGCCCGCAUCAGGGUUUACGACCCGAGGUCGUCGCGGUACGAGGUGCCGCUGCCCAACGUGCCGAAGAGAGACCACUACUUCCCGGUGAUGUACGACACCUCGGUCAGCCCGGCUGGAGACGUCGAGAUCAUCCGGCCAGUGUCCAGAAAAGUGGUGUUCCACACAAAUUUGUCGACGCUGGUAUUCGCCGACCAGUUCCUUCAGAUGUCCACCUACAUCCCGUCGCGUUACGUGUACGGAGUCGGAGACGUCAAGUCGCCGUUGCUACGGAGCACUGACUGGCAGAAGAUCACCCUCUUCAACGCUGGGAGAUCACCCACGUUGAAGAAGUCAGGUUACGAAGACCCUUCCAGGUGA